AAAAUCUUUCAGGCAGUGUGGGUCUUUCUGCUCUGUGAAUUUGCCAACAGACACGACAGAAGAUUAAACCAACUGUCUCCCACAGUGAUGGAUUGGAAUCAGUCAUUCCAAGGACAGCGAGCUGCUAUCGUCUGGUUCACAGAGUCCCAGCUUCAGUCUGUGAUCAGGAAUGGUAUAGUCCCAGAGUGGUUUCAUGGGAUCAUUUCCAGGAAAAUGGCAGAGGAACUGCUGAUGCCGAAGCCUCCAGGCUACUUCCUCAUCAGAGUCAGUGAGAGCAGGAUUGGCUACACUCUUUCAUACCGUGCUGAGGAUCGCUGCAGGCAUUUCAUGAUCGACGCACUGGAGGAUGGUCAUUACAUGAUAGUAGGGGAAAACAGAAGUCACCGAUUUCUGCAGGAACUGGUGGACUUUCAUCGACGAACUCCCAUCAUACCUUACAAUGAGGUGCUGACUGUCCCUUGUGGACAGGCCUCGAAUGACAAGACUGACUAUGCAGAACUGCUGUUUCCAGAGAGACAUCCGAGACAUAACACAAGUUUGCAAACAAACGGCUUACUGCUUCCCAGCACAAAUCACCCAGCAUCACAAGAAGACGCCCCACCUGCCCUUCCUUAUCGAGCAAAUAGCCCAAGGAACUCUGCAGUCCUGUCUCCAGACAGCCGAACAAGCAGAAUUUACCCAAGUUUGGAGGAGGAAUAUCCAAAUCUCCCCUCCCCUCCUGCAGCCACGCCAGUGCCAAUGGCCAGAAACAGAUAUGCAGCCAACAGCCCGACAUCCAACCAGCCUCCGGAAGUCCCUGCCAGGAGCUCUCUUCUGUCACUGAAGCAGAACCAGACUUGUAUCAGAACAGUCUCUGCACCUGAAAGUCCCUCCACACCCAAAGCCACCGAAAACAUUCACUCCGUAAAGAACCAGGAGGCAAAGCCGUCAGUUGUCACCAACCUAAAGAACCUCAAGAAGAAAUUCCAAAAGAAGCCAAGCAUGUCGCAGGUAUACUCAGAGAUAAAUGUGGAGGCCACUGACAAGAGUGGAGACACUGAGAAUGAGUACCAGGAGAUAACAGGGGAGCACAAAUGUCCACAGUUCUCCUACACUUGUGCUGAUAUAACUGAUGAAAGGAUACCUCAAGAGUACCUUCCACCUCCACCUUUUGCCCCAGGCUACUGAUACACGACAGCUCGCUCAGAAAACAGUGUACAGACGGAAUGAUCAUUGAAAUGGCUUUCACAUGACUGAAUCAAGACAAAGAAAAUGGAUGGCGCGCACAUCCAACCUCAAGUGGUUGCAGGUGUAGGACAAAAGCAGCAUACAAAAGAAAAGAAACAACAGGGGGAACUUUACAAAAGUUUAAUCAUAUUCUAUUUCAGCUUUAAAGAUCUCUGUUCACAUGGAUGUGUGCCUGACCAAGCUGAGCUCACUGUUUCUCCCUGCUUCCACUCAUUGUGCUAAGCUGAGCUAAUAAGAUGCCAGCAGAUGCUUCAUAUUUACUAUUUAACAAAUGCAAAUAAGUGCAUUUCCACAAAUAUAGAACUAUUUCCGUACAAUUUCAAGUGCUUGCAAUAUACAGUGAGAAAACUACCUCUACUUUUCCUUUCCAUAAGUGAAUCAAAGCUGCAGAUGCCUGAAUUCUUUUGUCUGGGACUCAGGUGACUCAGCAUAAGUUCAAACAGAUGCCCCUCAGUGGUUAGAAGUAUAAAAUUAUAGAACACAUUAAACUGCUCAUCACUGGCACUAAUUACAGUCACAUGUAGACUCAUGUGUACGUGCAAAUCAGAAAUGACAUGACUAAUGUGAGCUGUUUUGAAUACAGGAGACAUACUGCUACUGUUAUCAGUGAUAUGACGAGAAGCUGACAGAAACAGAUACUGGUCAAACUUGUCUCACGAGUAGAAACAUACAUGUGACUGAAGUUCACCAUGUACUCACUUUUUGUACACAGAAAUAUUUUCCUAAGCACAUCAUUUCAUUCUUACUGUGAACAGCUUGGUCAGACCUUUGUUUUGGUCUCAUGACAGCUGUUGAUGAGGGCCAUAUGGCAUCCAGACCAUGUGAUCUAGAUAAUUUUCACAUGACACAUAACUUUCACAUUUACAUCUAUAGAUAAUAUAUUGGUACAAAUCAUCUAAUUUUGUUAAAUGCACAAACUAAUAAAUCAUUUUUGAAAAAUGUU